GAACGGGGAUUUGCAUCAGAGAGGAAAGAAAGAGAGGGGGCAGUGGCACUCAGUGUCAGAGUGCUAUACACACUCACAUGCGCACGUACACACUCUGUUUUCUCUGUGUCUCUUUCUAAACGUGUCAGUAAACCAGUCAGUCAAUUAUUUUUGUGUGUGUGGGGGGGGGAUGUUGAAAGGAGCUCCAAAUCGUCCUUCUUCUCUAUGACCAACGGACAAGGAGAAAGAGACAAGGGCACGGGGACAUACAAAUUCUUACGUUGGAAACUCAUCAAUCAGUCCAUUUCCUGACAUCACUACUGCUGCUGUCUAUGAGCUGCACUAAGACAGAGGAGUGGAUUUGCAAACAAUCCUGACACACGGAAAACUCCUGCUGAAAUUCAGUUUGCCCCAGCCACAGACACCAUGUCAUCUCCUUCUCUCCCUAUGCCUUCUCUCCCUCCUAGUCCUCUGGCCAUGGAGUACCUAAAUGACUUUGACCUCCUCAAAUUUGAGGUGAAAUCCGAUACCCCUCCGCUCCCUCCUCCCUGUACAUAUCCCAAAUCUGGCCUCCCCCAUGACCCCUCCAGCUCUCCGUACACCAGCCAUCCUCCACAGGACUCCAGUUUGAGCUCCAGCCCUUACAACUCUCUGCCACCCUCGCCAACGCUCAGUGAUGCCCACCCGCCGCCUUCAGGCUCCUCUUCCCUUUCUUCAUCAUCCUCCUCCAUCUCGUUUCCCCUCUCCAUCUCCAAUAGCUUCACCUCUGGCAUCAGCUCUGGCUCUCAGGGGAACGUGGAGGGCAGCCCGGCCCACGGUGGGCCACAGGGGCCCAACCCAGCCUCCUUGGAGGACCUGAUCUGGCUAGCAGCAUUGCAGCAGCAGUUUGGGGGUGAAGUGACAGGACCUGCGUCUUUGCUUGGGGCUUUGGGAGGAGGGCCGGAGCGAGGAGACAGAGAGAGGGGGCCAGUCAACAGCUUUCUGGGUUGUGAAGAUGCCGUGGAAGCUUUACUGAACUCAGCUGCUGCAGCUGUCAGCUCACAGUUCCCGGUUCUCUCUCAGAGCUCGAGUAGUAACCUGGGAGACUCUGGCAGCGACAGCGGAGGUGACAUCUCCUGCGCCAAGGGGGCAGACAUGUGCCAUCGCCCACUCGUCUUCCUUUCAUCCGCUCCUCCCUCACUGCCCAACACUGCCCCCACCGCAGCACCCUACCCACAGCCACCAAGCCCCCAGGGGCGACUUCAUCACCACCAGCAUCACCAUCAUCAGCACCACCCACAUCACCCCAUGCAUGGCCAUCACCACCAUCAUCAUCACAUCCAAGUCAGUCAGCAGUGUGGGGUGGACGAGCGUUUCUCUGAUGAGCAGCUAGUGAGUCUGUCAGUGCGAGAGCUGAACCGACACCUGCGUGGAGUGAGCAAGGAUGAGGUGGUGCGCUUGAAGCAGAAACGACGCACGCUAAAGAACCGUGGCUAUGCCCAGUCCUGCCGCUAUAAGCGCUUACAGCACCGCCACGCUCUGGAAUCUGAGAAACAUGUGCUCACACAACAGUUGGAACAGCUGCAGUGUGAGCUGACUCGAGUGCUGAGGGAGCGAGACGCCUACAAGGCUCGCUACGAGAAGCUCAUCAGCACAAACCACGGCGCCGGCGAUGCUCCACCAACCCGCAGCAACAACCCACCUUCCCCACCACCCGACUACUUUCUCUGAGUUUUUACCUGGAGGGAAGGUCAGGAAAAAAAAACAAAACAAAACAAGAGAGGGAUGAAAGAGGAGGCCAGCGUAAAUGGAGCAAUCAAUAAUGAGUAAUCAGAUAUGUGUGUGUGUGUGUGAGAGAGAGGAGAGAGAGAAAGAGAAAGAGAGAGAGAGAGAGAGAGAGAGGGAUUGGCAAACAGCUUUGGGGUUAUACAACUGUGAAAUCCACCUGUGAGUAAUCAAGGGGAAAUUCACUGUUAAUUUGUAGAGUUAGAUUCAGCUCUAGGUUGCUUCAUGGACUCAGUUUUACUUCACUGUGAAGACUUGAUCGCAGCACAAACGUGGGGUGAGCGGUCUUUGAGAUCCACCUUGUCCUGGUGAGAUCAGCAUGAAGGUGGAUCAACAGCCUGUUGGGCCAAGAUCAUCAAAAUGUGAAAUCAAAGGCUGUUGCUCUUGCAUAAAACAUGAUCAUUCGUCCCUAACACUGCUGAGCAUAUUAUCUAUGCAAAUAUUCAGUAACAUAUACCUGAUAUACCUGAAAUUUACUCUCCAAAUGACUGGUUGAGACAAAGAAAAUGUAGUUUUGUUUUUUUUAUAUACAUAUAUAUAUAAGCUGCUAACAAUGCAGAGGUCUGAGUAGUGCAGUGGUGCUGGAUGUGGAGUGGAAUGGGCUUGGAUAAAGUAUCCAUGGCAUGCAGUUGUAUUUGCCAGCUAAUAUUUCACAGUUGCCUACCAAGGUGUUAAAGCUCACCAAGACUUGUUAUUCUUUGUAAGAUGAAUAAUCAUAGAUUAAAGAAUGUACAAGGAUACUUUCCCCGGGAGUAUCCCAGUGAUUGUGCUAAACUGAAUAAUGGAAUUAUGCUUUUGUGUUUAGCAAAAAUGCAUCUUGAACUAUGCUGAGAAAUCCACACUUUGCUAGUUGGAAAAUACUUGCAGUGUGCUAUCUGUGACUGAUGUUUUGUUCAAUAAUGAGGUUAAACUGCUGUCAGUGAUGGCUCCACGAUCAAAAAUGGGUUCUACAUGCAUUGAGGUGGAGCUAGUAGUGUGUUUACUAAAGCUAUGGUGGAGGAAAUUCAGACAAAGAAGCCCAAUGCAACAGGCAAACAAGUGUGGCAUGAUUUGUGUGAUUGUGUCCUGUUCUCACGCCUAUAGAGAAACUCCUUUGGCUCUAACGAACACCUCUGUAACAGGGAUGAUCACCAUAAUGCAACAUGCAGCACCACAGAGCUGGUCACUGUGGACUUGAGUACUGUGGACUUGGAUACAGAGAAAAGGUGCAGGGAUAAAAAAAAAAAUGCAAAAAAACAAGACAAAACAAGACAAAACAGAACAAAAAAAACCUCUUCAUGGAGACAUCUUCUUAACUGUCCCAUGGAAAUGUUGCCAGGGUAUAUGCAUUAGAGCUAUUUAUUUUGUUUGGGUGUAGGUUCAAUAAAUUGAUCUAUUUGUUUUAUUUAUUCAUUUAUUUAUUCACAGUAUUUAUUCAUUGUUUAUUUAUGUACCAAUUCUAAUUAUUUUACUUUACUGGUUUAUCAUUUCAUUCCAUCAAGCUUAGUGUGUAUUUUUACUUUCCCACAGUUUAUUAUUUUAUUCAAUUCUGAUUAGCAAUUAACAUUAUGACAAUCAUGAUUAUGGCCAUUAUUAUGGUUUCAUGCUCCUAUUGUAGUGUGGUUUCAUAUGCAUAUGAAAUAAACAAAAUACUCUAUCAUAA